AUGUGGGGUAUGCUGCUGCUGCUGUGCUGCCUUGUUGCUGCACUUGCUGCUGCUGCAUGGUUGCUGUUUGCAGCUGCUGCUGCUGCUGCUGUAGACGAUGGAGCUUGCUGCUGCUUCUCUCUCCCCCCCCGUCCUUUGCUGCUGCUGCCGCAGUCUUGGCGCUGCUGCUGCUGCAGGCGGCGUCAGCAGCAGCAGCAGCAGCUGCUGCUGCAGCAGCAGCAACAACAACUAAAGCUGCUGCAAUACCAUCGCCAACAGAAACAGCAGCAGCAGCAGCAGCAGCAGCAGCAGCAACAGCAGCAGCAGCAGCAGCAAAAGCGAUCGCAGCACCGCAAGCACCACCACCACCAACAGCAGCAGCAGCAGCAGCAGGAGCAGCAGCAACAGCAGCAACAACAGCAGCAGCACCCCCACCACCACCACCACCACCAACAGCAGCAGCAGCAACAGCAGCAGCAGCAGCAGCAGCAGCAGCAGCAGCAGCAGCAGCAGCAGCAGAGCUGCUGCAAGCGCUUGGUGGGGCCUCUCGGUCGUGUCUUUUAUGUGGGCGUUAUGCUAGCGGGAUAUACUGAAUACCUUAGAGCUGUAUCAGAAGAGGAAUUGUUAUUUUUCACCGAGGUGCUGCUGAAGCGAGUCUCUCGGGUGUCUCCUCUUUACGCAGAGGCACAGACUUUGGGGGCCGAGGGUUCUGCUGCUGCUCUCUUUGCUGUCGCUCUCAACGGCGUAGAACCCCGGCGGUUUGGGGGGCUGGUGGUUCAUCUGCUGCAGGAGGCGGGGGGCUUCGAGGAGAUACCCAGGGGACAGUCUCUUGUCUUCACUGAUAUACUGAAGGAAAUAGAAUUAUCUAAGGACCUCUUGCCCAACGUAGAAAUACCGGCAUCGCUGCAUGCAGCAGCAGCAGACGCAUCUCGGGCUUUGCUGCAGCAAGACAGACGCCAGAGCCGGCGCAUGCAUUUCACUAUAAGAAGAGCACUAGAGAAAUUAGGGUACGAGGUCAAAACCUCGCAGCAGGGGCCCCCAGAGGGGGCCCCCGAGGAGACACUGGGGGCCCCUGAGGAGACACUUGAAGACCCGGAGGAGACACUGGGGGCCCCCGAGGAGACACUGGGGGCCCCCGAGGAGACACUGGGGGCCCCCGCGGAGACACUGGGGGCCCCCGCGGAGACACGGGGGGCCCCGGAGCAACCGCCUGCACCUGCAGCAGCAGCACCAGCAGCAGCAGCAGCAGGAGCAGCAGCAGGAGCAGCAGCAGGGGCAGCAGCAGGGGCAGCAGCAGGAGCAGCAGCAGAAGCAGCAGCAGCAGCAGCAGCAGAAAAACAACAACCCCACCAGAUGAACACACUAGGAAAAACAGCUGCUGCUGGGGUUUGGAUUUAUAACGAACAGCUCGGCCCCUACAACGUCUCCUUUUAUUCACCAGAAAAAAAACUCGUCCUCGAAAUCGACGACCGCGGCCUUGGCCGUAAGCAGCAGCAGCAGCAGCAGCAGCAGCAGCAACACCAGCAGCUUAGGGAGUUGCCUUGA